AUGGACCAACAAUCAUCCUCGGUCAGAAUUGUAGAAGUAGGACCACGCGACGGACUACAGAACAUACAUGAUUCAGUCCCAACUCCAACAAAGUUGGAACUGAUCCGACGCCUUCGAGAGACGGGUCUGUCGACCAUUGAGUUGACAUCUGUUGUCUCGCCCCGCGCUGUUCCUCAAUUGAAAGACUGUCGAGAGAUACUUCGGGAUACGAAGGUGAAGAAUUUACUACAAAAUUCACGACUCCGAUUACCUGUUCUCGUUCCCAAUGAGAAAGGUUUCAAGAUCGCCAUUGAGCAUGGCGUCCGAGAAGUCGCCGUGUUUGUCAGUGCGACCGAGGGGUUCAGCAAAGCCAACAUCAACUGUACCGUGCAGGAAGGAAUUGAAAGAGCGAAGAGAGUCGCUGCGUUAGCCUCGGCUACAAACGGAGCUGGUGAAUCCCAGAUUGCAGUGCGUGGCUACGUCUCCUGCAUCUUCGCAGAUCCAUUCGAUGGCCCGACGCCACAUUCCGCAGUUCUGCAUUGCGUACAGCAAUUACUUCAAGCAGGCUGCUACGAGAUAAGUCUGGGCGAUACGCUCGGCGUGGGAUCCCCGUCCAAUGUGCGCAAUUUACUCGCCUACCUAAAGGAUAACAACAUUCCUCUCGCUAGACUGGCUGGACACUUCCAUGACACUUAUGGACAAGCCGUCGCCAAUGUCUGGGAGGCAUACACAUGUGGUCUUACUGUCUUCGACAGCAGUGUCUCUGGCCUGGGCGGGUGUCCGUUUGCGCCUGGUGCUAAGGGCAAUGUCGCGACGGAAGAUCUGGUGUACAUGUUCGAUAAUGCUGGCAUCUCUACGGGUGUUGAUUUAGCCCGGUUGACGGAGGUGGGAACUUGGAUUUCAAAACAACUAUCGAGGACCAAUUCAAGCCGAGUAGGCACGGCUUUAAUGAUCAAGAGCAGCACCAAGAUUACUGCCUUUUCGAAUUCGCAGCCUGGGAAGCCCCUCCAGUGGACUUUGAUCUCAGAAACGGACGGGCUAUUACUUCAUCGCUCCGGCGUUAAUCUCAAGAUCACUCUCAACAGGCCGAAGAAUGGCAAUGCUUUGACAACCACGAUGAUAUCCGAUAUCACCAAGGCUGUGACAGGCGCUAAUUACGAUGCGGGCAUAUCUCGGAUUGUCGUCACGGCGAAUGGCAAGUUCUUUUGUACGGGUAUGGAUCUGGGCAAGGAUAGUACGCCUGUUGCCCGAGGUGGAUCGGCUAGCGAUGCGCAGUAUGCAAGAUUAACCGGGCUAUUCGAGGCCAUCGAUACUUCGCCGAAGGUGACGAUUGCGGCUAUAAAUGGGCCGACGUUUGGUGGAGGAGUCGGUCUGGCUUUUGUUUGUGAUAUUCGUAUCGCCACAAGCUCGACGGUUAUGACUCUGAGCGAGGUGAAGUUGGGUCUUUGUCCGGCGACGAUUUCCAAAUAUGUCAUCAGAGAGUAUGGGCUGUCGUUUGCGAAAGAGGUGAUGUUAUCUGCGAGACCAGUUAAAGCGUCCGAGUUGAAGACUCGGGGGAUCAUAACCGAUACUGUGGGAAAUGUAGAACAGUUGAACUUGAGGUUGGACGCGCUGUUAGACGCGUUGAAGAUUGCGUCGCCCAAUGCGUCACGCAUGUCGAAGGAACUCAUUAGGCUUGCUUGGAAGGAUGGUGGAGGUGAGAAGCAAGCCGCGGGAAUCAAAAUGCUCUUCGACGAGAUGAUGCGACCCGAUGCUGAUGGAGCACAUGGUUUGAGGGAGUUCGGCUUGAAGCGAAAGGUGGAUUGGGAUGCACAUACUCUGCAACAAGGAAAGCCUAAGCUUUAG